UCCCUAAUUGACCUAAAUACAGCAUCUCUGCGCUGCCUCAAGACAGACAACAACCACGCCGACAGGAGAGGCUCCCGACAACGAGACACUCCGGUUUUGAUUUAUUAUUUUGUUUGUCUGGAGUUAUAUCUCGUCGCUUCAUGGUUUGAAUUUGUGUCCGGAUCUCUUGCAACUAGAGGCUUGAGCUGAAUUUGCGCUCAUGGAUCGCGUUUGGGCGGUUUUACGCGGAGCAGGAGACACUCCAGUCUGGGAAGCAUACACAUUCCCGGGAAUGGUUUUAUAAUAUUCAUAUCUGGGGAAGUGUUUUCGUCACAAUGCUGGACGAGAAAGCGCCGACAUCGAAGCGCAGCGCUGCGUCGAGAGGUUCGUCUUUUUACAUUGAGAAUUUGCUGGGAACUGCAGACAGAGGAGCUACAGCCGAGGAGCGAGAGGAGACCUCGGACUUCGGAGUUAGCGUCCACAGCCCGGUGAUGUGUCCCGGACGUUUGGAGAAAGAGGAGCUGACCUGGAGAGGGACGUCACCAAACACAGUGAACUGCAGCUCAAGGAGUCCACGGUACAAGCCCGGCUACUCGGAUGAGCACGGCGACCCUCUACCGAGCAGCGACCGGGAUUCCCCACCUUUAACAGGGCACGCGGAGGAGAAGGGGGGAGACAGUUUGACGGAUGAGAGAGAGGACGACGCGCCCUCCUCCUGCUUGUCUCGAGAGGACAGCUCGGACCCAGGUGACACAAAAGUGGCCCGCAAGAAGAAGACCCGCACCGUGUUCAGCCGUAGUCAGGUCUUCCAGCUGGAGUCCACGUUCGACCUGAAGCGCUACUUGAGCAGCACGGAGCGGGCCGGCCUAGCCGCCUCGCUGCAGCUCACGGAGACCCAGGUGAAGAUCUGGUUCCAGAACCGCAGGAACAAGUGGAAGAGGCAGAUCGCUGAGGACAUGGAGGCCGGCAGCAGCGCAGCCGCCGCACGUCCCUACGCCGCACAGAGGGUCGUCAGAGUUCCCGUGCUGUAUCGCGAGAGCGUCGCUGCGCCUGUGACGCUGAGCAGCCUGCACCGAGGGUCACCACUGUCUGUUGGCUUCCCUAAUGUGAUUAACUAUCCAUUGACUUCUCACUUCACUCAUCCUGUGUCGUUUGUGAUGCCACAGAUGACUGGACUGGUGUGACUUUAAAGGGGCAAGAGAAGUUACAGCCAUUCUUGUGACUCUUUGGACAAAUCAUUAAAUAAAGAUGGUGCAAAACAUUUCAUUUUACAACCAGUUCAGAUUUGGGAAAAUCAAAUGUUGUGCUCAUGCACAGCAGAUAAUUCAGCCUGUGUCAAAUUGUUUCCUUAGGACUUUUUCAAGAGGCAACUUUUGGGAAAU